AUAAACGCUUCAAAAGACGAAACUUCGAACUCGAAGCGCGGGCAGUACCUAUAGAAGCCCCUCACUCGGCAACUGAGGUCCGAUCGACCUAGAUGGCAUGCCUCAGGUAUGCAUUCGUUAUGGUCAAGGGCCGCACAAGCGCAUAUUUCGUGUCGAUGUCGAUUAUGCCUUCAUACCGGUCACCAAAUCGUGCGCCGAUCUACGAAUGCGGCUGCGAGACGGAGGGUUUCGGCUGCUGAUCUCUUCACCGCGUGCUAUACAACUAUCCUUGGCACCGCGACCGUUUUCGACGCGAAAAGGAAAGAGGACAGGAAAAGAGACCUCGAUGAGAAGUUAGAAAAAGCUAGAACUGCCUUGAGCAAUUUGGGUGUUCAAGAGUCCGCUGACCAACAAGGCGAUGGACCCUAUUAUACCGACGACACCACCGCGAAUCACGACCAACAUAACGGCGCUUGUUCAAGCAAGCUAAAUCUAGACGCUUCCUACUCUCCCCAUAUUCUGCCACAAGAAUUGGCAGCUCUGUGUAAAAUUGCUCGCCGGCCGCCAUCGUAUUCAUCAUGGUUGCAAACCCAACUAGAGUGGGUGCAGAUCGAAGCCGCCAUCGUCGCGGAAGAGCAGGAUCCUGCAUACGAACUUAGAGAACCGAGAUCUGAUCGGCAACUGGAGAUGACAACGACAACAGUUAUAGGACUGGUAAAUCAACUUGUAUGGCAGAACCAGGUCAACGAAAGCAUGCGGAUCCAAGACAGUAGAGAAAUACGGGGGGAGAGUUCCAGGUCGGUAGAUGAGUUUCUGGACGAGCUUAGAGAUACACUACGAACGUCACAUUAUCCAAGCUACCAUAUGCCUUAUGCGGACAUCGAAGAUACAGCAAGGAAUCGAUUUCUUCUGGGAGAAUCGAUACGGCGUAUCUUUAACCAGGCUGCUAGUUCUGCAGAGAUUGUAGCCAAAAUAUCUUACAAUCUCUUGACGUCUAGCGCGCCCCCGAGUAUUCAUACGUACAAUACUCUAAUCGCUGGCUUCAACCGGAUUCAACGCCCCGAUCUUGCGCAGGCAGUUGUCGAUUCCUACAUUUACCGGACGACUUGGCCUGCCACCCAGCAGACCAUCGUGUGCUUGCUGAACCAUUAUCGAGGAACCAAUCAAGUGGAAGGUCGGCGAGAUAUUAUUCAGCGAAUGAGGGGCGUCAAAGACGACGGACUACACUAUCGAAUCGUUAAUAAGAAGGUUAUCUACACGCGCGAGUGGUUAGAAUGGGCCGCAGACAAUUGCGCUUCGCGAAAGCAUGCAUUUGUGGAACGGGCACAAAGGAACGAUGCCGUAUUCAACAGCCUUAUUAAAGGUUACCUUCAUCGCGGCGAACUCGGCAAUGCUAGCAUGGCUUUGGUCGCAUGUGUGCGCGUUGGAGGCUUCGUCCCCGUCCGAACGCUCCAAGAACUCUUUAGUGCUUGUCUAGCAGCAGUUGAUUACGCCGCAACGCGGAAGCUAGUUCGAGGAUUUACGAAGAAUUUGCUCAGGUUCAUGGCCAUUGUUAAGAGGAUUAUCCAGGAAGAAUCAGUGGCGACGUCUCGUCAAGUGGUGAUGAGCGUUUCUCGUUUAUUAGACAUAUGCUGGUUUCCAGACAUAAACAUUUUUGGGCCCAUCGCUGGGACCUAUGUUCGAACGCAACAGAGACUGAGGUCUAUCCUGACUAGGGUCCAAUUCGAACUCGAGAUACGAGAGGCAGAAGAUCUAUAUACGGCUACGCUAAAGGAGAUUAAUUCGACUGAUCUAUUGAUAAGUCGGCUCGAGAGGACGAUUGCUUCUCUAGAGUCUGCUCAACGGAGCAGACGGAAGAUUACGGGGCCGCUCACCAACUUUGCCAGUGUGGCUAGAGUUCUUUCUAUUGAUGCGAGGUGUCGUGACUUAGAACGAAAACUCAAGCUCAUGAGGGCGUUGGUAAACGCAGCCGUCAUCAAAUCCAAGACAGGCUACGACUUCGACCCAUCUGGACUUCUCUCCUCCGAACGGCCUUUGAACUUAAGUUAUCGCCAGCAGAUGCGACGUAAGUCGAUCAUCAACGCUCUCCAGGCUAUCCAGAUUAGCGAAAGUCAGAUGACGCAAGGGGAUACCAAGCUGCAACUUCUCCAAAACUUACCUGAUCAAACGCUGGCAAGGAGAUUGGAGGACUCGGGCGAUGUGGAAAACCUGACUAUAUUUACUCUCACGACAUUUUAUGCUCCGAAACUAGGCACCUCCGAGAGAUUACGAAAAUACAAUUGUGGCAAGCCUAUAGGGCAGCUGGAGCAGGAGUUCGCGGACGUUGUAAAUACGUCCAAGGCGAUUCUAUUUGCACACCUCAUCGGUGGCUUUCAGAGCAAGCUCAGGUAUUGGUAUCCGGACUGGACCAGGCUACCUCUUGGAAAACUCGUGGAAUAUCACAUGCGGCAUGGCAUCUGCAAAGCCCGCAGAGCUUGCAAGGUAUAAGCUACGAAGCAAACGGAGGUUUGCUGGAUCACGCGACCAACAAAACCCCGCAAUGAGAACCAGUGAGGACUCAUCAACGGUCCUAGAAGACGCGAACGAUACAAAUGGCAUCGUUCCAAGAGGACAUGCAACAAACCACGCAGGUAUCGAGAGGGGGCCGCAUUCACGCCGACCGAUCACAAAGCAUCGUCCAACGGGUGGACCCGCGUUACGUGACGGGGAUUCCAUCUUUGGACCCCUCGCGACGUUGGGAUGAGGAUCCAAGUAAAAGUUGUGGGGUGAGAAUGAGGGAUGCCCUGCAGAAUAAAGGAGACCCUAAUUGGAUCUGGAGAAGCUUGGCAUAAAGACUAGAGGCUUGAACCAAGCCUCUCUUCCCCUGUAUAUAAAACACGGUAUACAUAAAAUUACUUACAUAUAUGUUUUAAACUAAUCGCUAGCCGGUUCUAAAGUAGG